ACCUUGAAACAUCAGUCAGCUCAAGCAAUCCAGUCCAGCAACAUGCAGAAGACAAGCAUCCUAAUCAUGGCACUUUUCGCCAUCGUAGAGGCGGUUCCUACAACAGGACCCAUUCGCGUCCGUCGCCAGGUGCUCGGAGGUUCCUUAACCUCCAAUCCCGCUGGUGGGGCUGAUGCUCGAUUGGAUCUGACCAAGGGCAUUGGCAAUCCCAACCACAAUGUGGUGGGUCAGGUUUUCGCAGCCGGAAACACUCAAAGCGGUCCAGUCACAACUGGCGGAACUUUGGCCUACAACAAUGCUGGUCAUGGUGCCUCAUUGACCAAAACACACACGCCCGGAGUAAAGGAUGUCUUCCAGCAGGAGGCCCAUGCCAAUCUAUUCAACAAUGGCAGACAUAAUCUGGAUGCCAAAGUGUUCGCCUCUCAGAAUAAACUGGCCAAUGGUUUCGAGUUCCAGCGCAAUGGAGCUGGUCUGGACUACUCCCACAUCAACGGACAUGGUGCUUCCUUGACGCACAGCAACUUCCCAGGAAUCGGCCAGCAACUCGGUCUGGAUGGACGUGCUAAUCUGUGGUCAUCGCCCAAUCGUGCUACUACCUUGGAUCUCACGGGAUCGGCGAGCAAGUGGACGAGUGGACCGUUUGCCAACCAGAAGCCAAACUUUGGUGCUGGCCUGGGACUUUCCCACCACUUCGGUUAAAUAUUACCCUGGUAUAGAUGUAGAAACUAAUUUAUUUAAAACAAAAUAAAAAAAUAACAAAAUUAUGAA